GAACUCCUGUGACUGCCAGUGAUGCACCUGAAGGACCAUUGGCCUUUUUCCACAAUGGCUAACAGCCGAUUUUCUUGUAGGCAAAUUUGGGUUAAGAUGUAUGGGUAUUUUGCGGGGCUGUGUCGGCAUUUCCAGAAAUACUGCUGUGCCACUGUUAAGGGCUUUUUUGUUAAGAAGAAGGAAGAACAAAUCCCUUCAACUGAGACUUAUUUUCAUAAGGAAAAAAUUGUUGUGCUUGGUCAAGUGUUGAUGAAUGAAUCCCUACCCAUUGAGAGGAGAGCUCAAGCCGCCCAGAAAAUUGGACUGCUGGCCUUCACAGGAGGACCACCUGCUGGGAAAUUUGCAGCUGAGUACAUGAAAGAAGUGGCUCACUUGUUGCAAGAUGAGGAGGUGGCAUCAAAAAUAAAGAUCCUGCUGCUCCAGAGUGUGGCAUGUUGGUGUUACUUAAACCCUGUCAGCCAGAAAAGAGCCCAAAGUCUGCAAUUUAUUCCUAUUCUCAUUAGUUUUCUUGAAGGCAGAUUCGAGUCUACUAUCGAAAGUGAAAUAAACAGCUACCUCCUCCUUAAAUUUUGGACUUGUUACGUUCUCUCUGUCAUGACAUGCAAUAACUUGUCUUACGUCAAGGAGCUUAAAGAGCACAGGGCUCUAAAAUACCAUUUGCAAAUGUUGGCUGCUGAGAAUUGGUCUGGAUGGACAGAGAAUUUUGCAGAAGUGCUGUAUUUCCUAAUUGGUUUUCACAGGAAUUAGUUUCUCUAAGUCCAGUUACAUGUUGCAGCUCUCUGUGCCAUUGUAUUAACCUGGACAACUGAAAUAAACAAUAAAAGUCGAUGUUUUCCUUUGUA